CCCAAACGACAACCCUAUUUCUGCAUAUCCGUUACAAAAUGUCUUCGCAUUGUCACACCUCACCUUGUGGAGUUCCUGACGAUGUGAUGAUGGCGCAGACGAUUACCUAUUGUUGUGAACGCGACCCCUGUUUUGUCACCUUGGCAGGGGCCUCUAAUUGACCAUCGAAUAUAGGUGCUGUAUCACGGCUGCAACAUCAUUUUCUACAAAGAGUUUCGGUUUAGCACAGUUCUCUAAGCAGACGUGUGGAAUAUGGACAUCAGAACUUUGAGGAAGAUUUAUCUAUACAUAUUAGUGCUCUUUCUGCCAUUUUGUGCUGGAACUCACCAAGCAUUUUACUACCACAAUGACCAGUAUCCAAUUCGAAGUCCUUACGUAGACGACAGCAGGUCUUUCAUGCAUCAACUUCACUUUCCUGAGGAACUCCGCAAUCAUCCCCUGUGGGAUUCUUUUUGGGAUGUCUACAACUACGACGGUCCUCAUCAACAAAGUGGCGCUCCCGCCAUUCAAACUUUCAGCUUCGAAGAUCAACCAAGGAAUGAGUACCAGAUACCACGCAGAGAUAGGCAUAGAUCUCUGCCAGACCCUGGAGCAAUCAGAGACGAAGCUUACCAGAGAUACAAAGACUAUUUCUUCGGGAGAUUUGGAUCGAAUUUCUUAGAGUGAAAUUCAAAUUGUCAAGGCGAAAUUUGUACAUAACUGUAUACAUAAUAAAUUUAUA